UCUAAUAACAUUUUAUGUUUGAUUUUAAACUUGGGAGUGUUUACGAAGUUGAAAAAUGUUUUACCACUGCUAUAAUUAUUUUACUGAAACAAGUAAAAAAUGCAUAUAAUGAUAUAUAUUUGAAUAUUUUUUGUAAAAACAUAAGUAAUUCGUACUCAUAACCUUCUAUGGUAUUCAAACUAAAUGUCUUCAUACAAACUGCGUUAACAUAAGGCAAGUUUUUACGUGUUGUGAAUACGUGAAUACCUGAAGACAUUUAUAAAAAAAAACUCGACAAUGGAUUGGAAUUUUUGGAGUCUCAAACAACGGGAAUAGACAAACAUAGUUAAGUGUCACUCCUAUUGAAAGGGCCAGCCAAUUUGGUUUAUGAGACACCUUUAUUGUGCGUACCAAUUACGUCCCAACUCCUACCACUAUGCCAGGCGCCAGGCGGAUAGAAGUCGUAAACCAUUCAUUUUACUAGCUCGCGCUCACGAACCGGCCUUUUCGGAAGGUUAAUGAACGCUUAAGUAAAGUUCAUGCCUAAAAGUGACCAUUCUAGUAAAGGAAGCGAUAUGUAAAAUUGGCCGAUUAUUCAGUUAAAGACUUAUUCUGGUAGGUAUUCUGGUAGGUAUUUUAACUGAUUCAAAAUCGAAGAGGUAAAAAGAAUAACAAAGGUGAAAAAAAAGAAGAAAUUUAGUGUAGAUUGAACUAUUCUGGCCCAAAUAGACAGCUAUUAAUAUAUACAUGGCUGCCGAUAUCUACAGUCAUAAACUAUCAAAAUCCAAAUUCAAGAAUUGGAUCAAGGCUACAUUGGGUGUUCUAUUUACUAAAGAAGGUAUUGAGCCUUUUGUUUAUGAUGAAAUACAACAGUUCCAGCAAAAAUGUUUGAGCGACAUUUGCAACAACAAUGAACUUCCUUCUGAUACCACAUGUUCUAGUUGUUGUACAGAAAAUGUUUGUCCUACAGAUAGAAUUUGUAAUGUAGGACGUGGGAAGUGUAACUUCCAUAGAAAUACUGCCACGCAAUAUCUCCCAUCUGGAUGCCCUAAACAGAUAUGUCAUAAUUUUAAAAGCGAGAUUCAGCGUGCUCAUCGAUUUUACGGGCCAUCCUAUAAAAACACUGAUGCCACCCAGUGGUGCAGCAAUUCAUGGGAAGUUGCUAAAUGUUUCAUGCCGUCAGACGGUUACAAGGAUGUGAGGAGGGCAGCAGAGACUGAUUUCAAUGGUAUCAGCAGUGUUAUCAUCAACUUUAAAGCAUUUCAGUCGAAGAUUCACGAUGACCUAAGCAAGAAAAACAGUAUCUUUUACAAGGCUAAAGAGGUAGGCAAAGCUAUUCGACAUUCCUCAUAUUUAGGAAUUGAAGAUGUAGAUUUACAACAGUACUUCAGCACCUUACAAAAUCUACUGUCAGAUCCUGGAUAUUUGGCUUCUAACACAAUUUCACAUAAUGCCAAAAGGAAAUUAUCACAGCUUCAAAAUGAUACGUUGGACAUUGGUAUAGACGAUAUCCAGAAAGUGCUGGAUAAUGUUGUCAAGGCAGUUCAUGAUGAACUAAGGACUGAAAAAGAUGAGCACAAGAGGGAAGCUGAAAAACAAAAAUUAGAACUAAUCAAAAUCAUAAACAAAUCUGUUAGUGCCUUUGAAAGUCAGGAAAAAUUGUCAAUGUCUGAGCUAGAUAAAGUAAUACAGUCUGCAAUUGAUGAAAUAGAAGUGCAUACAAAGGAAUCGAUUAUGGAAGAUCACUCAACACAAAAGAAACACCACCAUGAAGCAGAGGAUUUAGACACCGUUCCUUCUGAUGUGGAUCUAGGUGAGAUUGCACGGGCAAUAGGACUUAACUGGGAUUUACUUGGACCUCAACUUGGACUUACUACAACGAUUAUUGACCAUAUAAAAAUGGACAAUGAUACUUCGCAAAAACGGAUAUAUCAAAUGUUAUACAACUGGCGGGAAGAUCAAGGACCAAAUAGCACUAAACGAACCCUUUUCACAGCUUUUAAAAAUCAACCGUCCACGGAUAUUGACUGGGAAAUACUUGGACAGUCUUUCCCUGAUGCUCGAAAAUACAAGCCAAAAGAAGAAAAAAGUACCGAUACAAAUCCAGCAGAAGAUGCAUAUAUUCAACAUAAAGAACAUGAAGAGGUUACAGAAUUGGCAGAUACUAAAGAGCUAGAUACAUUCAAAGCUUACAUAGACAAAGCUUGGGGAAAACUUGUAGAUUACAUGAUUCCAGAUCCUAUACUUGAUAGUUCAUUAUUUAAUUUUCGAGAAACAAGAGAUAUUAUGGAAGAAAAAAACACAUCAGAAAAGAACAGGGGUAUUUUGAAAACAAUCAGAUCUAAGGAUGCAGUUAGUUAUAAGAACCUAAAGUCAUGUCUGAUUAACACAAAACAGACGCUGUUGGUUAAGUUACUAGAAUGUAUUGAACAAGGUGAAGACACAAGCCUUUUGGAGAAACAACUUCAAGAUGAGGUGAUGAAAACAACGCAUAAAGAUAUUAAAGACCUGCAGGAGGAUUUGAUAGUUCUCUACAGGCAACAGUACGAUACCCUUCCCCUGUCACCGUUAAUGGAAGAAAAUGACACGCAUCUCCUUGAGUUCUACGUCAUGCCAGACAUAAAUUCGGUGGAAAUUCAGAGGUCGCGUGGAGGUUGCAAAGAAGACAGAUCAAAGGUUACGUCAUUGCAUGAUAUGUUCUACAAGGAAAACAAAUCGUGUCGUGAAAUUUACAUUACUGCAGAUGCUGGGUUCGGGAAAACAGCAUUAAGUAAACGGCUCGUUUUGACAUGGUGUCAAGCAAAAAAACGUUUUAGCCAUGAACAAGAAUACUUUGAGAAGCAAGAUAUUACCGCAAUGUCAGAAUUUGAAUUUGUGUUCUUGUUGUCAUUACGUGAUUGUUUCAGAGAAUGCGACAUUGAUGAGAUGAUCAUAAAACAAAUAAUCCCACGUCUUGCACACACGUCUGUCACUAUUAGCGACCUGGAAACCAUUCUUUCUGAGGAAAAAUGUCUGGUAAUUCUCGAUGGUUUAGACGAGUGGACACACCCAGAGCCUGUUUGUAAACAAGGAAAAAGUGACAUUCCACACAGGAAAGCUAGGAAAUGUACAGUUCUCACAACAACUAGACCGUGGAAGUUUGGCGUUAGUAAGAUACGUUCAAGUGAAAUAGAGCGAAAGUUGGAACUUGUCGGUCUUAGUAAAGCGUCUGCUAAAAGUUUAAAAAGGAGUGUGAUAUCACUGCUGUGCGGUAAAAAUGACAUAGAAAAACAUAUUCAAGACUUUGAUCUCGCUGUCAGUGAUAGAGGCAUUUCAGAUUUGGAAACUAUUCCGCUCUUACUGAUGUAUCUUCUGUGUUUAUGGUGUGAUGGAAUAGAUCUAGGAAAAUCUAAAAGUGAGGUAUACUGUCAAAUUGUUGAACUGCUCCUUAAAAGAACGUUUGAAAAAUAUCCGGGCAUACAACUUUCACACAAACAACCCCAGAGUGAUAUCCCACACUGCUUCAGUGAACAUGAACAUUGUUAUGAAUACAGCACUUAUUUGAAAGCUUUAGGACAAUUAGCAUAUGAAACGUUAUUCAGUGUGAAAAAAGAGAACACACUUGUUUUUGAUAAAUCAAUGGCUGAUAAGUACCUGUCACCAGACUAUUUGAAAUUUAGUCUUCGCGCGGGACUAUUAACACAAAGUACAGAAAAGAAAUUAACCAAACAAAGUUCUAAGGUUUCGUUUUCCCACAAAACGGUCCAGGAAUUUUUUUGUGCAUUGUACAUUUGCUGUCAAAAUGAACGUGAUAUCAAAAUAAUCGUUCUAAAGGAAUGCGAAAGUUUGCAAAAUAUUCUUGACAUGUCGACAGUGUUUGUUUUCAUCAGCGGAAUGGUGAAUGCAGAAAUCAUUUCUUCAAUAUCACGCGAGUUGAUGUCUGUGAUCAGCGAAGAUAAGAUAACGAGCGAAUACAGAUCUACGACUGACUGGUACUGUAAGCCUCUGAAAGACAUACAAGACAUGUAUUUGUCUUGUAUGAAAGAAAACCCUUACAAGGAUAUCAAACUUUCCUGCCAAGAUUUUUUCUUUAGUAAAGAUGGUAAAGAAGAAAAAUCCUUUUCACAUUUAACACUGCUCGCAGUACAUAAUAAAAACAACAUGGAGUCAAUACAUAUCGACACAUCUAGUGGUUCUAGUUUACAUGAAAUUAUUGAUUCAAGCACACUUAGUGAACUGUCCAGCAUCAAUAAAAUAUUCUUCUGGGGUAAAUAUGAAGAAGCGCAACUUCGUGUACUGUUGAACAGGACACCAAAAUGUGUUACUGUUAGAUCGUUUGAUGGGUUUUGGACCCGUGAAAUGUGUGAAACGUUACAAAAUAAUUCCUUUCUACAAGCAAUUGAUAUCUCACGUUUCAAGAUGAGUCAUGAUGUACUGACUGACUUUCUGAAUUAUAUUAUAAACAGCAAAACAUUGACGGAAAUUAGAUUGGGGUACUUAUCGUGUACCGAGCACGAGGAUUCCAGCACCGAGCACGGUCGUUCAUGUACUUUCAGUUUAGAUUUUUCCCAACAUUCAGAUCUAAGGACGUUAGUAUUGGGCUGGAUACCUGAAGUGUCACAAUUGAAAGUUAAUAGCCAUGUGAAACACGUUGUGUUGGGGAAAAUCAAUCUAGGUAAAAGGUCGCUGCCUCCUGAAAUGGUAAAUAUUGAAAGUGUUAAGUUGUUGGAGGUAAACAUGUCUGCUUCAACAUUCCGUGAUCUCGUGAAUGUAGUGGAGAAACUUCAACACAAAGUCUCAGUAAAAAUAGAAGAUUGUCAUAUAGAACCGGAAACAGAGUUUGCAGACACUAUACAAUAUACACUCUCAUCUCAGAAUUUCCGAGUCACGGAUGAGUGGUGGGGGAUUUCGUUUGAAACAAAAGUUGCUCAAUAAACUCGGACUGACAGUGUAAAUGUAUACUUACACUGUUCAUAAAAAAUAUGUCACACGUAGCCUAUGCACUACAUAAUGACAUAUAAGACAUAUAUUUGUGUAGUCCUAAAUAUAAGGUCUGGCAUAAAUCAUAUCACUUUAUAUGGUCAUUUAAAUUGAUAUUUUACAUAUUCAAUUUUCCAUGUAAAGUGAGGUCUUAACAGUUAAUUGAAAUAACGUAUGGCACAAAACAAUCGCUUCAGAUGCGAAUUUUUAUUUAAAAAAAAAUUUGUUAUGGCAGCAAUUAAAAGUAAAUUUUA